GAUUUCACAUCAGUUCGUUCCGUGCUGUCUCCGUGCUUUGAGGUGCUUUUUCUGUUGUAGUUAUUUCUUUCGCUCUCCGGUACCAAAUUCGAAACACCAACAAAAUGGAUGAGGAGCAAAUGUGGAAAGGCGUUUAUAAUAAAUUGCAAGAGAUAAAAAUGAACCCUCCUACGGAGCACGAGCAUCAAUUGCAAAAUUCUGAUGAUGGUUUCUUUGAAAAGUUUGGAGAUCUGUUGCGACAAAAAUCGCAGCUGGAUGAAAAUGUCUUCCAGACUUCACUGGCUCCAUUUAAUGAAGACGAAGAAAGUAUUGCGGAGAAAACUGAUGACGGCUCUUGCACAGACAGUGGGUUAGAAGUCAAAUACGAAAAAAGCAUUGACGUUGAUGUGCAAAGUGUACAAAGUGUUCCCACGGCUGACAACAUACGAGAAGCUGUUUUUGACACGGCGAUUUGUAUGAAUGUUGAAGACUUGUAUGAAGAAAUUUUAUUUGAAAUAUACAACAACAUUGGAUGUGAGGCAAAUGAGGUUUGUACAGAUAGUCUGGUUGAGUUUGCUCAAGAAGUAUUUAAAAUACCUAACUCAAAGCAUCUGGAAAUUUCUGAAAUUGCAAAGAGGAAAGAACCACCAAAAAUAAGAUUAAAUAUUGAAAUCAUAAAAGCUGAAAACUUAUUAUCAAAGGAUUCAAAUGGCUUAUCUGACCCGUUUGUAACAUUGUAUUUGGAAUCAAAUAACUCGCAUCGCUACAACACAUCGGUAAAAACGGAAACUUUAAAUCCUGUAUGGGAAGAACAUUUUUCAUUACCAAUUACUGAAGGCCAUCGAGAGGAAGUUUUGAUAAUCGAAGUUUGGGAUUUUGAUGCUGCAGAGACUGUUAAGGAAAAAGUAAACAAGCUUUUGGAUGUCAAAGGCGUAAGAGGUCUUAGUAAGUUAAUGAAAGAGAUUGCCGUUACUGCUUCUUCUGGAAAACAUGACAACGAAUUAAUUGGUCGGGCAGUUAUUACACUUAAGUCUAUACCAGUUUCUGGACUCACAAUUUGGUACAAGCUGGAAAAAGGGAACAAAACCAAAAGCCGAGGUUCGGUUUUAGUGAAUGUAACACUGAGUGCUGAGAAAAACAAGAAUGUUGCGGGACAGGAACAUAAACAUCUUCUAAAACUGUUGCUCAUGCAUGAAUUGGAUGUAUCUCAAGUGACUAAUUAUUGGUGGAAUGGAAACUUUAGCACAAUGGCUGAAGCUAUCAGAAAGCAGCAUGCCGUUCAGAGUGGCCUUUCCGUAUUUGAGUGUGCUCUUUGUCAAUGGCAUGCGUAUAGUACCGUUCAUGAGACGCACAAACUGAAUUUUGUACUUUUUAAUUCCAUACUUGACAUUUUGGUUCCAACGAUAAACUGUUUACAGAAUGAUUCUGAAGACGUAAAAAUAUUUUGGGAUGGUGCCAAGCGAAUUUUACCAUCUUGUUUUUCGGUAUUAAGGAAGCUACGUUCUAAAAGUAUCGGUGAUAAUAAAAUACUUAAAGCACUUAGUGAAGUCUUGGAUAUUCUGUCAAAACUUAAAGCUUUGGAUGUGCCGCAAUCAAUUGAUAUAUUUCCGAAAACAGUCUAUGGCUGGAUAGAAAAUGGCGACUCCGAGGAGCCAUACAAUAUUGAAAGUGCUAUCGUUGAUGCUAUAAAUAGUGGUGCAAAGGAAUGGUUGGAAUACAUUAUAGAAGGCAGCAAACAAGCGAAAGAUAAUGAAUCUGAUGAAGAUAAACUUCAAUAUCUAAUACAAAUUAUACAAAUGGUUCGAUCGGAUCUACAACGAGCAAUGGAAUAUUUCGAUAAACUUUUUUACCACAAAAUUCGGUUGAACUAUUCAACGAAAUUGUAUCUGUUUUAUGACUCAAAACUGAUGGAAAUAUCUAAAGCAAUAGUAAUAGACGUGUGUUCCAACAUUAAAAUGCUCGAUGUCCCCGAUGAUCAGUUCGAAUAUUUACCAAAUAUAGACAAUGUAAAUAUGGGAACCACGUUAUUUGAAGCUUAUUUGGUGCUCAAACGUUACAAUUCCCUAGGACAAUCACUCUGUCCCAAUGAUAAAUUGCAGAUGACUGAUUUUUAUCAAUGGUUUGAAAGAGGCGUUACGCAUUGGCUUGAUAUUUCAGUAAUUAAGGCACUGAAUCGCAUUCAGAAAGCUAUAGACUUAGAUCAACUCAAUGCUGUCGAUGAAACAGUGAAAUAUAGCUCAUCUGCAGUGGACACGUUAGCCAUUUUUUAUCAAAUUAAAAUAUUUUGGCAACAAUUGGACUGGCCAGAAAUAGAAGGUUCCUACACAUUUGUAGCUAAAAUUGUAAACGAUAUAUGUAGAUGUUGCGUAUUCUACGCACAACGCAUGUCUCGACGUGUGGAGAAUAUAACAAAUAUUGGAGAGGAUGGCGACAUGUUCAUAUUAUCAGAAGAGUGGUGCCUAGCUAUCAACAACAUGGACUACAUCCGGCAAAGUUUACCAUCAUUUAUCAAGGAACUCGGAAGUGAGGAUGUUAUAAAACGUAUAGGAGAGUUUAGAUCAAAUCUAGAGGCUGAACGAUGCACUAGUACUAUAAAGGCCGUUAUUGAUAAUGCUCUUGAUACUCAACGUAAUCAAAUUGUUGAGUUAAUAGAACAUGUUGCCCGUAAAAUGUCACCCCCCAUUCGACGUUUUCUUACUGAAGGAGCUGAAGUGCUUCACAAGGACUCAAAUUCCAUGGAAAGGCUGAUGAUAUACUUAGAACAGUCACUAGAGACUUUAUAUAAUACUCUUAACGAAGUUAACUUCAGCAGAAUUUUGGAAGGCAUUUGGGGAGAAUUGUCAAUAAUAAUAUAUGACCUUAUUCAGUCGAAUCUCGAUAAACGCCGUCCGCCAGCUUUCUUUCAAAACUUAAGAGAAACCCUCCGCACAAUGAUAUCUUGCUUUAAAAUUGGCGAUACUAUAACGUCAGAUGUUCAAAUAUUACUGGAAAUUGAAAGUAUACUGGAUCUACAUGCUCUCGAAACAUCUGAUCUUAUUCAUCAAUUUUAUCUCGAUCGAUUAAAAUAUCAAAAAGAAGAUUCUAUAGCACAAUUUGGACAACUUACAAUUAGUGCGCAACUUACAGAUUCCCGGUUAUUGCUCAAAAUAUUGAACGCCCGUAAUUUGCGUCCUAUGGAUAAAAAUGGAUUAUGCGAUUCGUUUGUAAAAGUCUCCAUGAUGCCCACGAGUCGAUUUAAUGGAUUCACAUCACUGAAAACUGCAGUUCAUAAUAAGAAUUGCUUCCCCCUUUAUGAUGAACAAUUUAGUAUUGAUUUAAACGAAGAGCAACGCAACAACGAGAACAGUCUGAUUCUAUUCAGUGUAAAGGACAAAGAUUUAUUUGGAAUGACAAGCCAAUAUAUUGCCGAAUGUUAUAUAACGUUUGCAGAUCUCAUAGCUUGUCAAAACGAGCAAAUUCUAAUGAAUCUUUGCAGACCGGAAUACACAGAUUCCGUGACACUGCGAGCACUGGAAAAUAGGCAAGGAGAUAAACAAGCUAAGGAUUUCCUGAAAAAGCUGAGAAGCAAGUCCAAUAUUUGAUACGAUAGAAUGUCCAAUCAAAGACUUUUUAUUUCCAGAGUAGAUAAUGGUAUUAUUUAUAUUUUCGCCAUACUUGGUACUAAAUUCUAAAGCCACUAGAUUUUUGCAUUUAGAAAUCUUUAAAUAAUCGUAUGUACAUAAAAUAAAUGAUUGCCUGCAUCGUACACUUGUUGGACUGAUCGGCUUAAAUUUUUUACGGUGUAUAGAUCCUAAGAAUGAACACAGAAAAUGUAAGGCAAAUAAUUUUGUGUCUUAUCUGCACCGCUUAUGUGCAUUUAUUUAUUAAACGUCAAUUAAGAGCAAAA